AUGCUUUCGUUCCAUGAAAUCGUGUUCAACGCAGAGGUUUUCGAGCUCUGGCCUGCUCUGAAAACCAUGUUCCGAAGAAUUUUUCUUCUUUUGUACCUGUGAGUGCUUUUUUUUUGUUGGUUUCAUUUUUUGAAUUCGACAUAAUAUUGUGAUAAAAUUAUUUUGGUUUGAAAAUUCGCUCAUUUUUCAGAAAAAAAGCUCUCAUAAAAUUUUCAAAAAGGGUGCUGAAAUUUCAAAUUCGGUCUCAUAUUUUCUGAAUUUAAUUCGAUUUGAACUGCUUGACUUGGUUUAUUGCCUUUCAAAUGUUCUGAGAUUGAACUUGAAAAACAUAAAAUUCAAUUUCCUGGAUCCAAUUUUUUGUAUUCCUUUUUUUGUUUAUGAAAAAGUUUCUAAAAACUGGAUCUUAAAAAAAUGGAAAUGUGCGAUUUUGCCAAAAGUUUUUUUCUUACUUACUAGUUGAUAUCAAAAUAGGUAAAAUUUGAACUUUCUUCCCCACCAACUCUUUAAAUUUUUGAAUGACAAAUUUUUUUCAAAAAAAUUUUUAGAAAGCAAAUCUGAAAAUUUCUGCAAUUAAGACUCUUGUUCAUAACAUCAAAGUGAGAAUUAUUCAUUACCAAAAAAAUAUCUUUAAAACAAGAAGUAUGAAUUCAGCUUCCUUUUUCCAAAUCGUAUGCUAUAUUUUUACUAUAUUCUUCUUUUUUUAUAUUAUUAAUUAUAUUAAUAUUAUAUGGUACUGAUCAUAUUUCAAAAAAAUUUUUGAAUUACUGAUAUUGAUUUAUUCAAUAAAAUUAAAAUAAAUGAAAAUGAAAAAUAAUUUUUUUCUACUUUUUCAGGAUCUUCCAAUGGGACUUCGGCAUUCUCAUGACAAUUGUGAGUCAAAUUUUUUGAUAAGCAGUAUUAAAAAAAUAUCUGCAGACCCUGGUUCUGGGCUACUCCCUGCGAUUGGAUCGCUACGAAUUCCUCACAGCGAAAUUCAACGCGUUCGGCCCGACUAUUUUCCUCAUCGCUAUUUCCGUCGAAGAAAGUGUACGUUUAUCAUCAUUUUUUUCAAAUUUGAACUUGCUCUGGUAACCGGACGCGAGUCGGACGUGUCGGGGCAUUUCUAGUGACCACUUUAGUGGCGUCAGAACUCUUAGGUGAUCUCUAGAAAUGCUCGGAAACUUCUGGAGCGUGUCCGGUUUCCGUUACCGAGGUCCGAGUGAUGAGUACCUUUUUUUGAGAAUGAUUUUAAUAAAGUCCGUACAGAAAGUCUUACAAAUGCGCUCCAAUGAGAAAAAUACAAAAAAAUGAUCGGAAAAAGUCCAAGAUUAUUGAGUAAAACCUAAUUAUUUAUUCUUCUAUUUUCGUUCUUCAAAAAUGACUAUAAAAAAAAUGAUUUAUUCAAUAAAAUCGAGGUCCUCAUCUGAACGCUCAGAAAUUUAACUUAUUUCGAAUAUUUUUCAUUUCUAGCUUCAUCCCUUAAAAACACCUCUAUCGCAUUUUGAAUGGCUAUAACUUCACAUUAGGCCAUUCCACGUGCGAAUAUAAGCUUACAGGUCCUAUAUACCAUUUUUGACUCGAAAAACUCCACAAAACAUAUAUUUUUCAGGGCCUGCACUUCAGAUCUCCAAUCGCUGAGCCCCGAGACCUGGCUUUAGCGACUUUGGGCGCAUUUUUCCCGACGCUUUGUGUUCAGGUUAUUUUUUUUUCGUCCUGAAAUUUCGAAUGAACCAUCAUUUUAUCGAAAUAAUCACUUUUUUUUAAGAACCUAUCUAUUGCUCAAAGUUGAAUAGUGACACUUUUAAAGGAACCUUCUCAAACUAAAAACUUUUUAAUCUAUUCAAACUCUCAUUCAGCUCCUCUCAAUGAACCGACUGACGUUCCCGCAGCCCACCGACGAUAUAAAAAUCGAAGAUUUCCGGAGGCACAUAGGUUUUUGAAUCUCCUAUUUCAACUAAAAAUUUCAAAAAAUUUCCAGGAGUUUGGACAAUUUUCCUGUUCCAAUACUACAUGACCGCCUUACUCUACAUGAAAUACAAGGCUAUUUUGAAGGAUAAAGAGGUAAAAAUAAUGAAAAAUGUGUUUUUGAGAGAUUGAUUUUCAGGAAGAUGAAGAGGAAAAGCAGUUGGCAGAAGCAUACAGAGGUAAUUAAUGUUCUGAUAUUUUGUUUUAAACUAAAAAUAGCUCAGUUUCUUCAUGCGAUCCUUAUUCUUACGAAUUCUUGGCAAAAUGUAUGGCUUUUUUAUAGUCCGAUUUUGACGACCUGAAAGGUCGGGCAAAACCUGGAGAGGUGACCAGAAGGAGGUAGGACGGUGAAUGGAAGCUAGAAGGUCUUAAGAAAGCCUAGGGAAGGUGUUCGGAAGGUAAUUGGGAGGUCUUUGGAGAAUUAAAAAAUUGAAAAUGUCUGCCAGAAGCCCUCCAGCAGGCUUCUGACAGGUCAGUAGAAGGGUUUGGAAAGCUAUGUGGAAGACGUCUAACCCCGUAGAAGGCUUCCGAACACCUUAACUGAAAGCAGAAGUUUCCCAUUUUUCCUGAACAUGAAUCUUGGAAAAAUGUUCGAGCAAACUUUUAGGGAACUCCAAACUUCAUGAGACAAAAAAUGACCCUUUUUUUGAACUAACUACCAUAGAAAUUUGGACCAGACUCACGAUGUUCACCUUAGACACUUCCUACGACUCAGGUAAAAGUUGGGAAGCUUCUGCUUCCGGUUAAAGCGUUUGGAAGCUUUCUAUGAUAGUAAGUGGUAAAAUGCCUUCCACAUACCUUCGAGAAGCCUGCUGGAAGGCUUCUGGCAGGCAUUUUGAUUUUUUUUUACUUUCCAAAGACCUUUCAACUACUUUCUGAACACCUUCUCAAGACCUUCAAGCUUCCAUUCACCUUCCAACCUCCUGCUGAUUGCCUUACCUACACCUUCUCAAGAUUUGCCUUAGCGUAAAGUUAUCUAUCAAAGCAAACCGUAGUCCCUAAAGUAACCCCUCAAGCUGGGCUCACAUACUCCACAAACUUCCUUCCUUUCAGGCUACUUGAUGGAGGAUACCGACGAAGAGGAGGAGGAAGAAGACGCCGUGGACGACGAGGAAGAGUCCGGCAGUUCCGACGAAAGCGAAGAAAGUUAUAUUCCCGACGAUCCCAGGCACACGCCCAAACAAGUCCCAAACCCCCGUCGCCAACCCAUUCCAGUGAUUCGCUUAUUUUAG